AAAAUCAACUUUAUCUUUCUUUCCGACAUUUCUCUCUCCCACUUGAAAAGGUAGGUAAUGUAGUUACUCACAUAAUGGCUGCCAUAGCUGCAAUUUUAUCAUCAAUACCAUCUUCUUCCUCAUCUUCCAAGUUCUCAAAAUACCAAUCCCAUCCUUCUGUUCCUCCUCCUUGCCGUGUGGUUUGCCGUGGAGGAUCCCAACCUCCUCCCCCGGUAACAACUGACUUCCAAUUUGCUUUGCAUGAUGCCUUGGAUUCUUCUGGAAUCAACACCACUCAUGCCAGAGAGGCAAGGCAAAAUUUCAUGUCACAAAUUAAAAGAUUGUCAAGCAUUGAGAGGGAAAUCAGCAUUAGCAUUAAUAGACGUGUUGAUUUGGCGAAAACGGCACUUUAUAUAGCAGCUGAGGAUGAUUCUCUCAUAUCACACUCUUCGGUUGCUCUCCCCGUGGAUGCUUUCAUUGAAAGAUUGGAUGAUCUUUCCAUGGGAUUCUGCACUAAUAAUAGCUCUGCAUUGAAGUCAUCGCCAGAGAUGCUUCUGGAUAGCUUGGAGAAAUUUUUGUAUGUCAAGAAGGGCUUUCGAAGGAGCACUAUGAAAAGUCGAUUGGAGCCACGAGCUUUGUAUCUUCAUUCUGUUUUGACACAUCGAUCAGGUUCUGCUGUUAUGCUUGCACUUAUAUACUCGGAAAUCCUGAAAACGCUUCGGUUAUGGAGCCUGUUGGAUUUUGAUUGUGAGAUUUUCUUCCCACAUGACAACCAUGGUCUUCCAAGAGGCUAUCACAAGCAGAAAAGUAAGGAGUCUGAUCAUCAACACAUUUUGACAUCACUUACUCUGUUGGAGAAGAUUUUGAGAAACUUAAAGGAGGCUUUUUGGCCAUUUCAACAUGAUCAUACCAAGAGUUUAUUCUUACAGGCAGCACAUGCAGCUGACUGUGUUGAUAUAUCAAAAACUUUUGAAGGAAGUGGUGCUCAGCUUGCAUCUGCAAAGGCUGCUCAACAUAGGCUAGACCGUGGUGUUUGGACUAGUGUACACUUCGGGGACAUGAGACGUGCAUUAUCUGCUUGUGAGCGUUUAAUACUCCUUGAAUCCGACCCUAAGGAACUAAGAGACUACAGUGUUCUUUUAUACCAUUGUGGGUUUUAUGAGCAAUCGCUGCAAUAUCUCAAGUUGUAUCAAGAGAAGGGUUCUUCCUUACAAAAACAGGCAUCCAAUAAAUUAAGCAGCUUGGAGGAAGAUGCUGUGGAGAAACUAAUGAUACGCCUUAACCUCAUUUCAAUGGAGGAAGGUUGGAGCAAGCCCUCACAUGUUAGAAAUUUUCUUGGAAAUAACUCUGAACCUUGGUAGAGCCUCGUAUCAGACAGCUCAGAAACAAAUCUCAUGUUUCAGCACGCUAAGCAAGAUAGUUGAAUUUGGUUCAUGCCAACUGGGAAGAAGAUGGUUUGUCUGACUUGAUUCUGUAUGUCCCACCCACAAGGAGCAGGGAAUCUUUAGGGUUUCAUUGCUCAUCAUACUACCAGAUCACUCAGAAACUCAGGCAAAUUGCAUCUAGAUGCCGAGUGUUUCAACUGAUGCUCCUAUUUUUGAGACCUGGCAUCCAUGAGGGAAUGUUUUCAGCUCAACAGUCAAAUUUGGGAAGAACUUGCUUUUUGAUGGAGGUGCUGUAUAAUUUAUCUCUCGCGAUGCAAAAGCUCUAACCACAACACUCCUAACAUGUGUCUCUCGCGUAUAAUACUGUGUAUAAUACUGCUUAGUUCCAUCAAGGGUAACAAGUAUAAAAACACAAUGUAAUGGAGUUGCUAUGAAAUACGACAAACUCAACACUUGAGAUUGA